CCCCAGAGCCUGCUAAGCUCUUUCCUCUCUCUGGCUAUGCCAUGCGUACGUGUAUAAAUGGCCAGUUCCUUCCCUCCUAAGUGAGAAGAUGAAAAGCAGCAGCACUCAACAAGAGCUUUCGAGAAGCUAGCUUGUACUUGUGUUUGCUCUGUUCAAUCUACUGAGAAACAGCAUAGAGAGCGAGAGAGGCAGAGUGAUCACCAAGAGUUUAGCAAGAAAGUGGUAGAGAGGUAUGGGAGUGGUGGAUGAAGCAAAGCCAGUGAAGAAGACGACGAUAAGAGUGAGGGAGUUUGACGUGGAGAGGGACCUCCGGGCUGUGGAGGAGCUGGAGCGACUGUGCCAGGUCGGCCUGUCUGGCGACCAAGGCUCUGACCACCCUGUCGCCGACCAUUAUGGCGGCGCAGAGAAGACGACGAGGAGCAGCAAGAAGAAGAAAGGCAUGUCGCUCUACGUCGAGCAGAUCGGUGACCCGUUUGCCCGGGUGCGCCAUGCGCCGGACAACGUCAUACUGGUUGCUGAGUACGGCGAAGAAGACGAGGUUGUGGGAGUGAUCAAGGCGUGCACCAGGAUGGUGAGCAGAGGGAAGAAGAAGCAAAGCCUCGGCAGCAGCUCAAAGCAGUUUGUCAAGGUGGCGUGCCUUCUUGGCCUCAGGGUGUCCCCCUCCCACAGGCGCCUCGGGGUCGCGACGGAGCUGAUCCGGCGUGCCGAGACGUGGUGCGCGGCGCGCGGCGCGGCGUACGCCACCAUGGCCACCACCGAGUCCAACGCGGCGUCGCUGGCGCUCUUCACCGGCCGCUUCGCGUACGCGCCGUUCCGGCGGCCGGCGUUCCUCGGCCGCCCCGUGCACCGCCACCGGGUGCGCGUCCCGCGCGCGCACCGCGUGCUGCGCCUGCCCCCGCCGCUCGCCUCGGCCGCCUACGCCGCGCUGCUCCCGCCCUCGGCCGCCGAGUUCCUCCCCGCCGACCUCCCGGCUCUGCUCAACCACAAGCUCACCCUCGGCACGUACCUCGCCAUCCAGCGCGGCGGGCCCGAGGAGCCGGCGCGGGCGCCGUCGUUCGCGAUGCUCAGCGUCUGGGACGCCACGCGCUCCCUCCGCCUCCGCGUCGGCGGCGCGCCCGCGCUCCUCCGCGCGUCCCUGGCCGCGGCGCGCGCGCUCGACCGCCACGCGCCGUGGCUGCAGGUGCCCUCCGUCCCCGACAUCUUCCGCCCGUUCGGGACCUACCUCCUCUACGGCCUCCGCAUGUCCGGGCCGGAGGGCCCGGCGCUCCUCCGCUCGCUGUGCCAGCACGCGCACAACGUCGCGCGCAAGAACCCCGCGUGCGCCGUCCUAGCCGCCGACCUCGGGCCUGGCGACCCCGCCAAGGCCGUGGUGCCUCACUGGCCCAAGUUCUCGUGCGACGAGGACGUCUGGUGUAUCAAGAAGCUCGGUGCCUCCGCCGCCAGCGACAAUGCUGGGAACGACGACGAUGACUGGACGACGUCGCCGCCGCCGAGCGUCCUGUUCGUGGACCCCCGGGAGUUCUGACUUCUGACUUUGGCCCAAUGCGAACAAGUAUUGAUUUUUUGAAGACACUGUAUAAUUGUAUAUACAGCAUGUACAUACACUAUACAUGGACAUGAUGUUGCAAGUCGAUAAAAAAAAUCGGAUUGCACGUCUUGCAGCUUGCACUUGCACUUGAACCCCAAGUAUGGUUGGUUCUGAACUUCCUGAGAGCAGUCGGUGGUCAUUUUCUAAGUGAGCUGAUCAUCUAUCUCUCGAAGAUGCAUUCAAUGGACAGAACACGUACUGUAUGUGCUGCACUUCUUGGGGUCUCUUGUAUAUAGAAAUGAAUCAUAGCUCAUUCUAGCGCAGCUAUUCAG